AACAGACUCAUUCUCUGUGGCAAUCAUCACCAACAUCAUUGCCUGUUGUCGGCUUCUUUGAGUCGAUCAUCACCACUCUUAAAAUUUGCUAGUAACAAGUGGAAUAUGAAUAGGAAUACAGGACGUAAUUUUUCUUCUUCCUUCAGAGUUAUGGAUGUUACCUUCUCUCCGGAGGAAUUACAAGUUUUGAAGGAAUUGAGACAAAGUAUGGAUGCACCAGAACCAGAGAAGGAUAAUCGCGUGAAAAAAGGUUCUAAAGGAGACUUUUUACCUGAUCCUGACUUUGAUUAUAGCAAUCUUUCUCCUGAUGAAUUUCUUGAAGCCUUGAGAAAUAAAAAACCAAGAGAAAAUGAAGACGAACUCCAAGGUAGAGACUUGGAAAAGGAUAAAAGAAUGUUUGAUUUACUUGAAGAAUUGUUAAACAAUCCAGAACUUGACCCAACUGAGGAACAAAUUGAGGAACAUAAAAGAAGAGCAACAAGAUCUCUUUUGGAAAUGGAUGAAGACCAACUCACAAAUGGACAAUUACCAAUUAUUUCAUAUGAUGAAUUGAAUAAGAAAUUUUAUAGAAAGGUAUAUAUUGAAGAAACACAAACAAAGGAAAAUACUCCAGAAUUCAGAGUUCGUAUUGGUCAAGAACAACUUUUACGAACAACCACCAACAAGGUAGUAACAGUUCCAUCAAAAGAAAUUGCUGCUGUUGCUGCUGGAGAAUGGGAAUUGCAAGAAGAAUAUGUAAGACCUGCCACCCUUCCUUUCACAGAAUUACUUUGCAGAAUUGAGGAUGUUAAACGUGAAAUUGAUUUCUCAGUUAGCUACAAUAUGAAGAAAACCAUUCAUGGAUUUUUCGAUGGAGAAUUUGUUUGCUUACGUCAAGGAAUGGGAGAUGAAAAAUUCACAAAUUCAAUCAAGGAACAUUGGGAUCCUCUUGUUCAAUGGUUCAAUAAGGAAUUUAACACAGAACUUGUAGUUCUUGGAGAAGAUAGUAGUUUUGCUGAUGAUCCAGCACAAGAAGAUGCUCGUAUCAAGUUUAUUGAACGUUAUACCACCUCCGAAGGUAUAAGAUUAUUUAAAAAGACAGAAAGUGUAAAAUAUUUGUUUGACAGAAUGUCACCAUCUGGUUUGGUUUUAUUGAAUGCAAUGGUUGAAGUUACAGGAUCUGUAGUUAUCGCAUCUGCUUUAUAUGCUGGAAGAAUUAAUGCUAGACAAGCUGCAUUGGCAACUCAAUUACCAGUCAGAGAACAAACAAAUACUUUCGGAUUAGUUAUGGGUGAACAUGAUUUGCAAUUUGCUGAACAAUUUUGCAAGCUCUCAGCUUUGGAAUUGCUUUUGGAAAUUCAUCCACUUUCUAGAGACGUUUCUGAUUCAUAUAGUAAGGUACUUUAAAUAUUUAUUUGAGGCGAAUAAAUUUUAAUUUUGU